AUUUACGAAUUUGCCAAAAACGAAUUUCUUUUAAGUUAUUAAUGUGCAUAAAUAAUUGUAGUUUAAUUGUAGUUUUUGUUAUAUGGUGUGUGUACGGCGGGGGUUAACCAUUCUCAACAAUUAUUUACGCACAAUUUUUAUAUUUUUAAUUUCCACCAUGUUUGUCUUUAUCUUCCAAAAAAUUUGUCCGAAACAGCAGGAGAACCACAAAUUAGUAGCACUACAGUUAUCUGUUUGACAAUCUGCUCUUUGAGACUUUGACAACAAAUAUAUUUUCGGCUAUAUAUAUAUUCUGACCGGCAGGGCUCAGUAUUCUUCUAUCCACUUGUUGCAAUACUCCCCUUUUUUACUGACGACUACAGAUUAAUUGUUUUGGGCAGCUUUUUGUGGCCAGCAAAGUUUGGUAGGCCGCGGGUAAUUUUCUGGAUCCGCCGCCACUGGUUCUAAUAAAUAUGGAUACUUCAGCGGAAGAAAUCGCUAUGGAUAUCCCUAACCUGGUUCGUGUAUACAAAGAUGGGCAUUUCGAGAAAUUUUAUGUUCCUGAUAUCGUUCCAACCGGAAUAGACCCUUCUACCGGGGUAAACUCGAAAGAUGUCGUGUACUCGCCUGAAACCAACAUGUUUGUUAGGCUUUACAUUCCAAAAAAUGCAACCCCAACCCGCAAACUGCCUCUUCUAAUAUUCUUUCACGGGGGAGGGUUUAUAAUAGAAUCCGCGGCUUCAUCUCUUUACCACAACUUCCACAAUCUUCUUGUUUCGGAAGCCAAUAUUGUUGCUGUGUCUGUGGAGUAUAGGCUCGCCCCCGAAUUUCAACUUCCUAUACCUUAUGAAGACUCGUGGGAAGCGAUCAAGUGGGUCGAGAAACAUGUUAAUGGGACUGGGCCAGAGCCAUGGUUAAAUGAUUAUGUGGAUUUUGAAAAGGUGUUUCUUGCAGGAGAUAGUGCAGGAGGUAACAUAGCUCACCACAUGUCUAUCCGGGUUGGGUCAAAUACUUUGGAUGCAAUGCGGUUCCAGGGUGCUAUUUUGCUCCACCCGUACUUUUGGGGAAAAGAACGGGUUGGGACAGAAUCCGAGUGGAUGGAACCUACAAUGGUCUCGUAUUUGGAUAGCAUAUGGGAUAUGGUAAAACCGGAAGGUAGUCCAGGGAUGGAUGACCCGUUGAUCAACCCGGAUUUGGAUCCAAGAAUAGCGGGUAUGGGUGUUUCCAAGAUGUUGGUUUGUGUGGCAGGGGAUGAUUUCAUGAGAGAAAGAGAUCGGAAUUACAAGAAAGUGAUUGAAAAUUGUGAAUGGAAAGGGAAAUUGGAGGUGGCUGAAGACAAAGGGGAGGGGCAUGUGUUUUUUCUUAAGAAUCCUUCAUCCAAAAAUGCUAUUUCUUUGCGAACUAGAGUCUCAACUUUCAUCAAUAAAACUUGAGAGCAUGUCUCUAAACGCUUAAAUGUUUUAUCUGGUGAUUUGAGCUCGUUCAAGCCGAGUUUAAAUUCAAGCAUAAAAAACUCAAAAUGUAUAAUAACGAGUCAAACUCGAUCUGAUAACCUAGCUUUCAGUCUGGGCUCUUUAUUUUUCGAGCCUUAUAUGUAAUAUAUAAGAUAAGAUUGUCUGCAUAGAUAUCUAAUCGAAUUUGUAAGGGAUUUAUUAUCGUUGGAUAAUGUUGGAUUCGCUUUAUCUGCAUUGUUUAUGAAUGAUAGCAAUUUAUUAUAAUUUGUUCAUUUUGUUUGAAA